UCGCGAUGCCGUCUUCCAAGACUGCACGUGCGUGUUCUGUGCGUUCAACACGCGAUACGACCCAACAUUUACAACGUCAACAGAGCGAAGAUCAGCACGCCACGUCCUGAUAUCCUCCGCAUGUCUUCGGGUAACUCGUUCACUGCAUGCAGAAGGAAGCUAACAUAAAGCUUGGCGAUGGAGCUUUCUUGCAUUUAUCGCCUUCCAGGGUAGCAGCAAAGAGAGGAUCUCUUGCACGACGUUCGACUCGUUCAUUGGUUUAUCCGCGCGUCCUUUUGGACUGUCCCAAGGAGAAUCUAAAUCAGCAAUGAGUCUCAUCUGGCGGCGCUUCCAGAGGACCAACAAGAAAGCAUACAAAUUUGAGUUCACAGUCACCUACAAGUCUUUGCGACUGGCCUGUGCGGACAAUCAAGAAUGGAGACCCAACACUCUAGUUCUGACGUGGAAGCGCCGAAACAGACGGUUUCGUGCAGAGGCAUUGAAUUGGCCGAAUGUGGAGGGGAUGACCAGUACAAUUCUGGCAUGGCUUGAAGAGGAGAGUCACGUGGCGGACAUCAUGAUGUUCAAGGAAGGCACUGCAAAGGAGUUUGAUCAAAAGGACUGGGAGUUCAGCUUGGAAAAUAUAACCCCCAACGGACAGCGUAAAGUCAUUGGUACCUGUGUGCUGAACCUAGUGGACUGUGUGGAGGAUGUACUGUGUGAGAAUGAGCUCUCCCUCAAGUUGACACCGUGCACAUCCAAAGUCAAACAAAUUCAUCUUGACAUUGUCAUCGUCGCCAAGUUCGUCAGCGCACGAAAAACAAGUACAAGCUCCUACGUUCCUGCCUUGCUCCGAAGAGCUCUCGUGUGUUAUGUGAGCACUACCGACGACAUCAGCUUGGACAGCUUCACUGACGACCCAGCGUUCGAGGAGCAGCAUCGUGUCGGGUAUGAUAGCGAUACCAGUCAUGAGCUGCCCAGCGGUCCGAAGAGUCGAGUCACUGUCGGUGGCCGCCGGGCGUCCAGCCAGUCCGAGAGCAAGUGUGUCAUGGAACACAAGAAAACAGUGACCACGGCCAGGCAGAAAGCUGAAUUUCUGUUGCAUGAUGAUAGUGAUUCCACAGACAAUGACGACGCGUAUUAUACAACUCCAAUGAGUGAGCUACCAGCUAUGGAGAUUCCAGGCGAGGCAGAGCUCCUAGGCUGGAGUCGCCGUGUUACUAACGGUUACCGCAAUGUUCACAUCAAGAACAUGACGACGUCGUGGAGAAGUGGACUUGCCUUCUGCGCUAUCAUCGACCGAUUCAGACCUGGUGUAAUUGACUUUCCUGGUCUGUCUCCAUUGGAUGUACUGGAGAAUAACAAAAAGGCUUUCAAAGCGGCUGAGAGCAUCGGAGUGCCGCGCGUCCUAGAUCCCGUAGAGCUGGCAAACUGCGAAGCGCCAGACAAGCUAUCCAUCAUGACGUAUGUAUUUCAGCUGAAGAUCCACCUCUCCGGCAACGACUCUAACACAUCUGAUGGCGCUACGGCAGUGUCACACUACUCCAAGCAGAACCGUGAAGCAAUCGAGCAGGCAAUCUUGGCCGAAAUGAGAUCAUCGGACGCUGAAAGCCAGGAGGAUUCUCCAGCUAGCGAGUACACGUCCGACAGCUCUGAAGACAGCGACAGUAGUGACUACUCCUCCGACGAUUGCGAGGGUGACCUUGUGACGGGUACGGACAAGUGGAAAGUGCAGCGAGCACCUCCACCAGCAUCCGACACAGCACCGGCAGAAGACGGGGAUGCAGCAGCGCAAGAAGACAGGCCAUUGGAUGCAGCAGCAAAGAUUGCCGGCGACAAUAGUGAAGAUGGGGUGAAAAAUGGCAAUGGAAGUAAGACCAACGGCAGUUCAACAGCUGUGAAAUUCCAACCUCAACAAGAUGCACAAACCGCCAUUGCACAGGAAACCAUACCUCAGGAAACUACUCCUGCACAAAAGAAAUCUACCAGCCAUCCUGAUGCCCUAACGAGCCAGGUGAAGCCAGCACCAGUAAAGAAAUCAAUGUUUGACAAACUUGAGAGCGACGACAGUGGAAGCAGUCCUGAAGUGCAGGUCAAGUCUCAGCAAACACCUAGUUCAAGUUCUGCUGCUGCUGCUACUGCAGUUGCAGGUCGUUUGGAGGAUAGCGAUGAAUUGGAGCGCUUCACGGCGAGUGGCUCAGUCAUUGCGGCUACACCCAAAACCACUCACUAUAUCCCCAAGACUCCAAGCAUGACGUCAUCCGAGCCGAGGCCUACCAAACGUACCGCAGCAGUGAAGCUGACACCAGACCUCGCAAACUACAAAUCCGAAUCCCCGGAUGCUGUUCGUAAGCUGCAGUUGCUAGCAAGAGCAAGAAAGGUGGUGGAAGAGCAGGAGCGGAUAACCGGCGCUGCCUUUGUCUCACCGUCAACCACCACCACGAGCAGCAGCACCAUGACAUCUGCAAGCAGUACAGCUGCCAAGCAGGUAUCAGCCCCGGCCAACCAGACACGACAACAACCGCUGGCUUCACCCAAAGAGACGGACAUCGAUGCCGACAUUUGUGGCAACCCUUCUCAGCCAUCUCGUGCCAAUCCAUUCAAUACCACAACCAGCGAAGAUGCACAGCCGACGGAGAAACGGAAAAAGAAGAAGAAAAAGAAGAAAGCUGACACAGAGGAGCAAGGCGAAGGGGCAGUGAAGAAGAAAAAGAAAAAGAAGAAGAAAAGCUCGGACAACGCCGGCGAGAAUGAAGGUGAACACAAAAAGAAACGAAAAAAGAAACGUAAGAAGGCUGAAGGGGAAGAGGAAGAUACCAGCGAGCCAUCGCAGAAGGCUGAGACCACUGUAUGCCCACCAAUCGCUGAAGAACAUGUCAAGAGCACUGCUCCAGCCUCGGCAGCAGCUGCAGGUCAGAAAGGCAAAAGGACAAGACGUGUACGCAAGCCCCUGGCCGUGGCACGUCCGCAGCAGCAGGCACAGGUGUCAGCCAAGGACGAGGUACUGAAAAUGAGACGGCUGUCCGAAGAGAGGAAACAGGAAGAUGGGAAGAUAACAUUCCAGUCUGCCCAAAUGGCGGACAGUGAAAUGGAAGGCUGGUUACCAGCUGCACGGUCUAUUCCCAGAUCGCCGACCACCGAAUCGGAUUUCUUGGACACCUUUGAGUAUGCACACUACAGCCUCAAGACGAUAGAAAAGCAACAAGCAGAACUUGACAAGAGGGGUCAUCGGGUUGAGAAACGGCUUCGCGACGCAAUGAGCUCCGGUGACCAAGAAGCAACAGCUCGACUAACACAGCAGUGGUUCCAGCUGAUUGCUCAGAAGAAUAUCCUUUUCCGGCAGACAGAGGACCUUGAUCUUGUGAGCAAGGAGACUGAGCUGGAGUCUCGAUUUGAGCUGAUCAACAGGAAGCUACGGCAGCUCAUGGCAGUAGAGGAGCAUAAGAAGAGCGCCGAUCACGUUGAGACGGAAGAGAAGCUGAUGGCGGAGAUGAAGAUACUGCUGAAGCAGCGUGACGACGUAGCACACCGACUGCACGAGAGAGAAGUGAUGGCUCAACAGGAGGAUGAGAGGGUGGAGAAAGCCAUAUCCAAGACCACAACAACAACAGCUGCUGACGACGAGAAGCAAUGCGUUAUUUGCUGAACGGCUGUAUGCGAUGGCCAGGUGACAUGUUGUGCUCCGCAUCACUCCACAACCACGACCACCCUGGCCUGGCCUGGGCUUCAUUCGUUAGUAGGGCUGUUACACAUUGCCGUGGGGCAGUGGUGAAUGGGGGAGUUGAUGGCAGUGUGUGUAUGUGAACAGUAUGUGAACUACAGCGCUACAGCAAUAAGGGCGCCGGCCCCGGUUACUCCACCGGAUUUCAAUAGCUACGGAAGUGUAUACACCAGUGAAUAUUGCCUAGUCUGUCUUCUACCUGGAUGUGCGUCAAAGCAGACUCAGCCAUUCAAUGUUGUUCUUUGAACUGUUUUAAACAAGAGGAAAAGGAUGAAUUGAGCAUCAAACACUCACUCUACUGGACAGCAUGGACAAUUUCGGUUUUUAAACUUUCAUUUUAUUUUGUUAUCAUUGAAUCAUGGGCACCAGUCCUAGUUCACCUUGGCACGAAAGAAAUGAAGCAAGCAACUUUUCAAUCCAGCUUUUAGCCGUUCCACCUUGAUUUUGAUUUUUCACGUAUCAUUCAGGAUGACAGGUUGAUCAUAAUUACAGUGGAGAUUGGAUAUAACGACACUCCUUCGGGAGAAAGCAAAAUGUCGCUAUAUUCGAUCUGUCACUAAACCCGAUCUUCACAUUUAGUAUGCAAUAUGUAUAUCAAAAUGACAGGAAUGUAUUGUAGAUAAACAUGU